CGCCGUUGCGACGUUGCCAUAGCGACGCGGCCUAGUCCUGGAAAGCGACGCGGGGAAGCCUGGCCGAGGGAGAGAGAGAAACGAACAGACACAGAGACCCAGUUGGCGCCCUUACAGGGACCAUGUCUUUCCGCGACCUCCGCAAUUUCACUGAGAUGAUGAGGGCGCUGGGUUAUCCCCGGCUUAUCUCAAUGGAGAAUUUUCGCACGCCAAACUUCAUGCUGGUUUCAGAGAUACUUCUUUGGCUGGUGAAAAGAUAUGAGCCUCAGUCUGAUAUACCUUCAGAUGUUGAGACGGAGCAAGACCGGGUUUUUUUCAUUAAGGCAGUUGCUCAAUUUAUGGCAACAAAGGCUCACAUAAAGCUCAACACUAAAAAGCUAUACCAAGCAGAUGGCUAUGCAGUGAAGGAGCUUUUAAAGAUCACUUCCGUACUUUACAAUGCCAUGAAGUCCAAAGGGAUGGAAGCCACUGCUGUGGGUGAAGAGGAUACAGGGAAAUUCAAAUUUGACCUUGGCUCAAAAAUUGGAGAUUUGAAGACUGCCAGGCAGCUUGCUUCAGAAAUCACUUCAAAAGGAGCAUCUCUUUAUGAUUUGCUGGGCAAAGAAGUGGAGUUAAGGGAAAUGAGAACAGAAGCAAUUGCCAGACCUCUGGAGAUAAAUGAGACUGAAAAGGUGAUGAGAGUUGCCAUCAAAGACAUUUUGGAGCAGGUCCAGAAAACCAAAGACAUGUUGAAUAACGUGGCUUCAGAUGAAGCGAGUUUGGAGGCAAAGAUUGAAAAAAGGAAAAUGGAGUUGGAAAGGAAUCACAAGCGGCUCCAGACUCUGCAGAGUGUUCGACCAGCCUUUAUGGAUGAAUAUGAAAAAAUUGAGGAGGAACUGCAGAAACAAUAUAGCUGUUACUUGGAGAAAUUUCGCAACCUUACGUAUCUGGAGCAGCAACUCGAUGACCAACACCGAAUGGAGCAGGAAAGAUUUGAGGAAGCAGAGAACACCUUACGGCUGAUGCAAAAUAAGCUGAAGGAAGAAGAGAAACGCUUGCUGAAGAGUGGAAGUAACGAUGACUCAGAUAUAGAGAUCCACGAGGAUGAUGGAUCGGACAGUGACAUUGAAGACAGGCAACUAAUGAAGCAGCAUACCGCCAUGGAGAUGCUGAUGCAAGGGAGACCAAGAAAGCGGAUUGUAGGAACGAUGCACGGCGGAGACACAGAGGAUGAUUUUGGGGGAGCCCAUGCCCAAGGCAAUAAACAUAGAGCUUCCAGAGCCAAAGUGAAGGAGGACUCGGAGGACAGCGAAAUUGAUCUCGAUGAUGACGACGAUGACGAUGAUGACGAUGAUCUGGAAGAUGACAGCAUGGACAUUUCUCCAAAUAAGGCCAGUCGAAGGGUCAGGAAGCCUGAGCCAUUGGAGGAGAGUGACAAUGACUUCUGAUGGGCUUUCCAAAGAGAAGGAAGGAGCAAAGACAUUUUGGGGUACAAAUCUUUCAGGGAGCUGGAAAUAACGAGUUCCGUUAAAAGAGUGCCCUAAAGUAACAUACCUUUGUGCCCAGUGAAAAACAGUACCAAAUCAUCUCUGUUAGAUUGUGACAUCUGCACUGCUAUGACAAGUAGUCAGGAUGGAAGGUGAUGGAAACAUAAGCCUUGAAGUGCUAUAGUGCCAAUGAUUUAAACAUUUUCAGCAAGAUCCAGGUCUACUGGAGCAAAGAGCAGCUUGGAGAGAGAAAAAGCUGCUUUUUUUGAGAUAAACUUAAUUCCAAAUUUCUUUUAAUUUAAGGAUAAAUGAACACUUUGGGUUUACUUUUCUAUUCUAAACUUUAUUCCAGAAUAAACACCAAGUGCCUGUUAUGCUUGAGAGAAAAGAAGGUAUGAACCCCUUCUCUGGCCAUGUUGAAACCUUCAGCAAAGCAGUCUCUCUAUUGUCAGAGACCCAGAAUCCAUAAAAUAGUUCAGGAAAGCCAAUCCCCAUUCAUUUUGGGCUCUCCCCUGUAUCAUUUCAGUGUAAUCUCCAGUAUAGCUUUCAAUCCAGAAUUGCAUCAGAAUGAAACCACAUUGAUGGGAAAACCCUGCUCUUGGGAAUUCUAGAGGAACCAUAGGAGAGAUUACAUUUGUUGUUAAACCUCAUAGCCCAUCUUCCAUAUACACAAAAUAACACUCCUUAAAGACCAUGGCAGUCCCUUCUACUGUAUUUUUGCAUCUGGAUAUGCUUUUUUAAAACCAGCAGAUAAAUGAGGAACUAACUUCCAGUUUACUUCAUGAUAACAAAAGGCCAGGGGUGAAGAGAAUGAUCUCCCGGGGACUCAGAGAGCAUUUUAAUUUCCAGAAAUGUUUUCAUGAAAAAAAAUAUUAACAAUUCAGGGCCGUUGCUCCCAGACCUUGGGUAACUGUCGCACAGAUUUAAAACAAAUUUGUUUACAGGGGAGAAAUGCAAAAGGUGUUAUUCCAGGCCUGGCUGCACCUCUUCUUGCUCACUAGCCUUAUGCACCAACCAGUCCCUCCCUGCUUCUGUAUAUAACUUCUUUUUUCAGAUGGUAAACAGGAAUGAUCCAGUCCUCUAACACCAGCACAAGUUGAGUUCUGUAUGAAGGAUUCCUCAGACGGUACUCUGAACAUUUCUUUGAUGGUGACAUUCCUGUUUCACAAAUAAAUGUGCUUUUUUUCCCCCA